AUGAAAAAAAAACAUUUUGAUGAAGUCGAUGGAGAUAGGAGGUUAACUAUAACAACAGAAAACUUUAAAAUUAAAGUAUUUUAUCCUAUUAUAGAUACUGUUUUAAUGCAACUUAAUAUUCGUUUUAAAGCAAUGGACAAUGUAUGUAAAACAUUUGAUUUUCUUAAUCCAAAUAAUCUCUUGAGUUUAAGAGAAGAUAAUAUUGUAAAGGAGUCAUAUGAUUUUAUUCAAACGUAUAAAGAUGAUAUUAGUUCUGAUUUUACUGGUCAGAUUUUAUCAUUAAAAGAAUUAAUAAAAAAUAAAAAUUUAAAAACUAUAAAUGAAAUGGCCAAUUUUAUACUUACUAAUGAUAUAGCAACAAGUUACUCGGAAAUCUUAGUAGCUUGUACAAUAUUUUUAACACUGCCAGUUACAGUAGCAACGGCUGAAAGGUUAUUCUCAAAAUUAAAAAUUAUAAAAAAUUAUUUAAGAAAUUCUUGUAGCCAAAAUCGACUUUCAAACAUUGCUAUACUCAAUAUAGAACAAAAGCGGACUUCAGAAUUAAAAACAGACAAAUUAAUUAAAGAUUUCUCUAAUUCAAAAGCAAGAAAGAUGAAAUUUGUUUAA